UCGGCCUGAACCCGCUGCACUCACAGGUCGAAGUCGAUUCCGAUUCUGCUGCACCCGACUUCGGGUCAAGCCAUGAAAUGAAUGGUAUGACCCAUCGCAAAACCGCACCGCUUAAAAUUGGUAACAAUUUAAUUUAGUUAUGUGUCUAUGGGCUGCCCGGUGGUGUAUGUGAUAAACAGCGCCGGUGACACAGGACAGGACCAACUAUCAAAUCUCGAAAUCAGACCGUCCUUCCGUAACAAUACUACGUGGUAAAAAUAAGUCUAAUAAGCCAGAAAUUGCCGGCAUGACCUUUGAGAGAUGCGCCAUAAUAAAGAUGCGAACAUUACAUCAUUGGAUCAACAAGCUGUCGGAAGCAGAAGUUGCGUGAGCAACUCGCAAGCAACAUAACGAAUGUGAUCGUGGUACAAAAACAUGGAAACCCAGAUGAAACCCUGUAAGGGAGAACAUCGGAUAAAAGUGAAAACGUUUAAAUACAACUUAGUGAGUGAAUUGUAAAUGAAACUGCCAACAUUUGGUAGAAAGGUGCAGUGACAGGACAGCACGGUGGUGUAUGUGAUAAAAGGCGUUGGUUCAACAAGACAGGAGAUAUCAAAUCCCAUCCGGACCUUCCCCCGUAGCAAGAAUUGAAUAUCCGACAGAGUGGUAAACAUAAAUCCAGUAAGCCAGGUCGUUAAGCCAAGAAGAGUGAGAGAAAGAGAAAGAGAGAAAGAGUGCAGUGAAUCGAAACAGCGGUGCACAGAGAUAUUUCUGUAUUUAAAAAAGUUGUGAAUCUAGUAAUCGAGUUGCAAUCCACAAGUGAAAUAUAUAAGUUGAAUCCUACGGACUUCUACAGGUCCCAGGCCAGAAAGAAGUAGUCGUUUACGGUAUUUCUCAGUUUGCCCGGACUGGCUACGAUACUUGAAAAUUCCACGUCAAACUUUAUCUAAAAGGUGUGCGAAAUUGUGGGAUGCUGUGGUUAAGGAUGUUCCGGCGGAGGCCAGUAAAAUGUCUAAGUUCAAGAAAAUGGAUGCCAAAGCCAACUCCUUGUUGAUGAAAUGGAUGAUGCUUGCAAUGAACGCUUGCGGCAGGAGGUGCAAGAAUGGCUUCGAAAGGCAAUGGUCCAGAUAAAACUAGUGAAGGAUGAAGAGUUUUGUAGACCUGUUGUAAAAAAUCUCGAACAGCUCAAUGAUUUUAUACUUAAGAACAACAGGCUUCAAACAAGUACUUUAGAAGAAUGCAAGAAAUUGGUACAAACGGCCUUGCGAAAGACUCUCUCCAAAUUAGUGUUGGAAAAUUACACUGAUGAUGAUUCUUUUGGAUUCGUCGUAUCGAGCACACUUCAAAGCUUCUUGAGUUCAGAUUCAACAGGACGUAAAAUUUUAAAUGAUAUUUUUGUUGCUCGUACAGAAAAGCUUCCUGUGGUAUCCGAGCAAAGACUUGCGUUAAAAUAUCCCAGGAAAAAAAUUGGCGCACCGUCCAAUAUCAAGCCUUGCAAUAUAUCACAUGAUAUUGCAGAACAUUCUUCCAGCUCUUUAUUUAAACGAAGACAUGAAGUGUUCGACCCACCACCACAGCCUGCGACGUACGGUGAACAUAAAAGGAUGAAGCUGCAACUUCAAGAAGACAUAAGAAAACAGGACAUACCGAAAGCUGCUACAGAUAUCCAAAUCAAUCAAGAAGAUUCAAAAAAACAGAACACACUAAAAGAUGCAAGAAAACAGGACAUACCGAAAGCUGCUACAGAUAUCCAAAUCAAUCAAGAAGAUUCAAAAAAACAGAACACACUAAAAGAUCCAAGAAAACAGGACAUACCGAAAGCUGCUACAGAUAUCCAAAUCAAUCAAGAAGAUUCAAAAAAACAGAACACACUAAAAGAUGCAAGAAAACAGGACAUACCGAAAGCUGCUACAGGUAUCCAAAUCAAUCAAGACGAUUCAAAAAAACAGAACACACUAAAAGAUGCAAGAAAACAGGACAUACCGAAAGCUGCUACAGAUAACCAAAUGAAUCAAGAAGAUUCAAAAAAACAGAACACACUAAAAGAUGCAAGAAAACAGGACAUACCGAAAGCCGCUACAGAUAUCCAAAUGAAUCAAGAAGAUUCAAAAAAACAGAACACACUAAAAGAUGCAAGAAAACAGGACAUACCGAAAGCUGCUACAGAUAUCCAAAUCAAUCAAGAAGAUUCAAAAAAACGGAACACACUAAAAGAUGCAAGCAAACAGGACAUACCGAAACCUGCAACGGAUGUCCGAGUCACUGUAAAAAAUAAUGAUAAACCAUUAAAUAUACCUAAACAGUGUACAAAUAAUCCACCAAAAUUAUGCAAUAGCCAUGAUAUCGUCGGUGACAAUUCGCAAAUAGAUAACCGAAAUGAUGUAUGUGUAUUACCGGAAACAACAAACAAAAUCGCUCAUCAGCAGAGUGAAAGUGAAUGUUCUACGAAAGAUUUUGAAUCAAACGGAGAGAGUAAUGAUCAGAUUAUUGAAAAUGUUCAGCAGUCCAAACCAAACCAUAAAAACAAAGUGAAUCAUCGCGAACUACAUGAGUUACUCUCAUACACAGCAGAAAUUUUUCCAAAGCUAAGUAGGAGAAAAAGGGUCUCGCCUGAAGAAGAACACAAUAGACAGUUAUUACAGAAAUUUGGAAUUACCAAAACAGUACAAAUAGUGUUGGAACCUAUUGACUAUUCACUAGGUACGGGUAGAGAAAUUGCUCAACGCACUCGAAGCAAAUCAAUUGACUCGACGAAAUAUCUGAAAAAUCUAGAAGCAGCUAAGCCAUCUGUACCAGUGCCCAGUAAAAUUAGCCACCGCAGAGAAUCAAGAUCAAUGGAACUGAAUAAACAGUUAACUGAAACAACAUUAACGACGCCCAAUGUCGGAAAAACAAAAUCCACUGCACGUAAGUCGGUUUCUAAAUCACAAAAUAAUGUGCAACCAAAAACCAGCAGGAAAAAUAGUGCAAACAUAACGAAGGUGUUGCAAGAUGUUACAACCGAAGAGGCACAAAAGUUGCUAGAACCGAAUACUGCCUCCAAAAAAAAUAUAGGACAAUCCCUAAGGGCACCUCGUGCAAAGAGAUUUUGUUCCGACAUCCGUGUAGUGCAGAAUGAUGUACAAAAAUUGCGUGAAGAUUCAGACGAAGAUGAGCCGAUCGUACAAGCAAAUGAGGCAUCGAAACGAAACCCACAACUCAACAAUGAUCCAAAGGUACAUUGCUACAGCCAAUACAUGGAGAAAUGUUGCCUGUGUUCCUAUACCGGGGAACUAAUGGUGCAACACUAUGUGUACAAUCAUCCAAAAAAGGCUGUAUACAUUAGUCGUCUAGAUCCCAAGCAGGCCCGGCAAAUAAGAGCUGAUCCAUUUGUCAUCAGUGGGCGAAAAGCAGUAUCCAGGUACGGUGACCAGGAGAUACUAGUAUUUCGAUGCCAUUUUUGUGACUUACGGUUAAGUGAAUCACAAGAGAUAUGGCUGGAUCACAUAUCGAAACAUACGGGUGAAUAUCGUUACAAAUGUAUGUCAUGCCCAACAUUUUCCCGCCAUCCCACCAAUAGAGUGACGCAUAAUUCAAUUUGUACCAAUCCUUCCAUGCAGUUAUGGCAUAGAUUUACCUUCGAGGAGAAUCACUUGUACGCGUACAUGUGCAAUGAGUGCAACUUUGUUCAGGUUCUUUUCUUCAACAUGCUGCGACACCUUCGGGAGGAUCAUUCAGAAGCAGGUCCAAUUGAGGGACGAUACACGAAAUUUAGCAUGAUCAACUUCAACGUACCGGAAGAAGAUACGGAACUGCCCUACGGGAUGGUAAAAUUAGAACCGAUCUUGGAUGACACUAAUGCUCCCAUGGAAGAAAUCAUCAAGCAGGAAGUAGAAUUUACGCUUGCUGAGGAUAGUCAGACACAAAGCACGGUGUCGUUUCAAGAUAUUGUGCAGGAGCAGCUUUCGCCAGAUGUUAUUUUUAUAAAAGAGGAAUUUCUCACUAAUGACAUUGAUCAAAGCGAAACAAGCACUUCGGAAGGAAUCACGGAAGAAAGAUGCGAGCCACAAGAAAGUAGACGAUGUUCGCGUUCUAGUAGCGUUCGUGUUAAGAGACUACCAGGUGAUACCCUCUCAUCAAAAGAGGACAACAUAGUGGAUAUAGCUUCAAGAAACAGCAAACCAGUUGGUAAUUCAUCUUUUCUUAAAGAAUAUAUGAAUCAAAUUAAAUACAGUACAAGCAACACUGGUUCUACAGAUACAACGAAUUCAAGAAGUGUGCAUUCAGGAAAUAAUCAACAUCAUGCAGCAUCAUCAACGGCAGCUCUGCAGCCGUGGAAUGGGAAAAAUAGUAACAAAAUGGUGGUACACACGAGUAAAUUAACAGUUCCCUUUUUGAUAGCGCCAUUCAAAUGUACUAAAUUAAACUGUGGGUUUUAUACAGACACUUCACGAGAAAUGGGAUCCCAUUUCCAAAGACACCAAAAACCGAACACGGUGCAUCCGAUAACACGUGAUAGCUCAUGGUUGGAAUGUUGCUACUGUAACUAUGUUUCGUUGAGUGUACACAAUUUGUUGAAACAUAUUGAAACGGUGCACAAGUACUGUGCCUAUCAAUGUGAUCGCUGUUGUUAUCGAAGCCGGGAUCCUUAUAGUGUCAGAGUUCAUCAACAGAAUUACCACUUAGAAUACGAUGCCAACGCUAAGAUCUUAUCGAUUUUGAGUCGACAGAAAGAAUAUUCCUCUAUGGACAGAGACAUCAUUAUGAAUCAUCUGAAAAGCAAUGUGAAGGUGCUGCAAUGUGCAAAUUGUUCGUCAAGAAAAUUCAACGAUCUGGAGCAAUAUCGGAAUCAUAUCAAAACGCACGGCGUGACGUACAUUGCGUGCCAUGUUUGUGACCAACUAAUUGCUGCAAACAAGAUGGUAGGCCACAUCAGUUCGCAUAACAUAAAUAUGAUUCAAUGUAUAUAUUGCGAUUAUGGGAUAAAUGAUUUAACAACGAUCAAGAAGCACAUUGCGGAUAAACACUCGGACAAAUUGUUUUGCUACCAUAUUAGAUGUUCUAAGCCGAAUGUACCACCAUUCAUCCGAGUGCAAAGCAGAAUAUCACCAGAACGUUUUGUAAAUUGUUAAACAAACUAAAAUUACUUGUAAUAUCGAUUAGCUCAUAGUUACCUAUGUAUGUAUAUAUAAAAUUAAAGAAACAUUGUACAGGGUUCCUCUUCUUGGCUUUAACGACCUUACAGGUCACGCCGGCCAUUUCUGGCUUACUAGACUUAUUUUACCACGUAGCCGGAUAGUCAGUCCUUGCGACCUGGAAACGAUCCGGAUGGGAUUUGAACCCUGUCCUGCCGUGUGGACCGGCGCCGUUUAUCACAUGCACCACCGGGCCGCCCCUGGUGUAUUGUACAGGCUGUUCGAGCCAAAUUUGACAGUUUCGUUUCUGUAUUUAAUUCGCGAUUGACUUGAUAAGCGAUGCGUCAAUCGAAAGCUAACGUUUUCUACUAACAGUGCAGCAAAGUGUAUAUAAAAUGCUUAACCCAUUCGAAUUGUGGAAACAAAUCACAUGGAUCAUGAUGAUCCACGCCACUGUAAACACUGCAAACACAAUCCGGAGCGAGAUGGAAUCAUCCAACGGUGAUUAUGAGGAGCUGGCAAGGAGAAGGAAAACUUCUAGCAGACAAGAAUGCGUUCGCACCGACGCUUCCGCAACGAUAAAGAGCGCGUUGAACGAGGAUCUGCGGUACUCAUCGUACAAGCGAAGCACAGGUCAACUCCUCACCCUGAAAAGGUCGUGAGAGGUGUCUGUCGAACGCGAAGAAGCUGCUCAACAAGCUGAGCAUACCGGCGGAACCUAGAACGAUCUGGUUCUUUUCGCAAGAGAAGAAUUUUUCCAGGACCAGAAAUUGAGUGUCCAGAACAACCUAUGGCUGACCUACUGCACUUCGGACGAUCCGUGGGUGCCGCAAAAGUAAUUUUCCUAGACGGUGGUGGUGUUCGGUUAAGUGUCGUCGGAAGGGCUACGGCUCAAUUCUUAUGGCAGAAAUUUAGUGGUACAGUGUUUCUCAUGUCAGUUCAAAGUUGUGAACCGCUAUCUAAAAUAUA